AUGUCGGCGCGACAAAAUCUUUCGCGCACUCGCCCCAAGAAACUUCAGUCGCGCCAGCACAUUCAGAUCGUCCGUGAGGACCAAGUUGAUACACUCACCGAUUUUGAUGCUGGUCGUGCACCUAUCGAAACUGGCGUCGAAAAAGCCGAAGAAUCAGAAUACCAUCUUCAGCAAGCGAUAAAAGCGUCGCAAGCUGACAAGCAAGAUGCAAAACUUCGCGAUGCAUACAUCCCCACUCCACCCAUCAUUGCCAGUGACAUCCAGUAUGAAGUUCUCUAUCCGAAAGGAUGGCAGCAGCCAGCGACCUACAUUAGGUCAUCGGCCACUGUCGAGGACUAUUCUGGCACGCCGUAUUGCAUAGACGAGGACGAUGAAUUAGCUCUCAAGCUCAUUAACUCGAAGUUGCAAGCAGGCCAGUCUCUUGUUACUGAAGACCAGUUCGAAAAAGUAAUGAACUUCUUCGAGGAGGCCGCGCAGACAAGACAACCCUACGCAGCCGUCGAUAGCCCGCCUGUUCUCGCACUCGAGGAGCUCGAAGAACAGUUUGAUGACACUCACGAUGCUGAAGUCCGCUCAUUCACCAAGGUCGUGUACGAUCAUUGGGCGGCGCGUCGUAGCAACAACAACAAUCGGGGCUUGGCUCCUCACCUGAAAUUCGAGACUGGGCAGGAGCUGGAUGACUCAGAUCCGUAUGUUUGCUUCCGACGCCGUGAGCUCCGUCAGAUCCGCAAAACUCGCAACCGUGAUGCUCAGAGUGCCGAGAAGCUUCGUAAGCUUCGUAUGGAGCUAGAGGCGGCACGUAACCUGGUGUUGAUGGUGAGGCGGCGCGAGUACAAUCGGAGAGACACUCUUGAAAUCGACCGUCAGGUGUACGAACAACGUCAUCAAUUCCGCGAGACGAAGCGCAAGCUAGCCAUCAAAGGUGACGAGGAACUGCUGAUCAAUCAGAAGAAGCAGAAGGUGCCUCAAGGCAUGACACCCAAUCAAGCGGCUUUGGCUCAGCAGCUGCGUAUGCCAGGUCUUACUCCUGGCGGACCAGGGCCCGACCUGCGCACCCUGGAUGAGGUGCAAGCCGACAAGAACCGGGGUAUAAAUCAGGAAAUAUCCAUCAACAUUGAGAAACAUGCCAGGUGGAAUGAAGGAUACGCAGAUAGGACCAAGGCGCCACUUACUCCAGAUUCCGAAGAUGGCAUUCAAAAGCCAGGUGACUUUCGAGAGGCGAUGCCUGCCACUGAGUACCUGCCCACGCCGCCAGCUAGCAACCAUGAGGAGGAUGCGCAGAACCAGGGCGAGGCGUCUGUGAUCGAAAUGAAGGAAGAAUCGGGUUCGUCAACGCCUUUCCGGUACGCCAGUCCAGCCGAGGACAGCGAUACUGCGGCACCGAUGCCUGCAUUCCGUAUGCGGAGAGGUCGAGGAGGUAGGAUGCUGUUCGAUCGGAGAUUCCCCAUUCGAUGUCACCCUAAGCCAGAUCAUGGCAAUCGGUGGAAGUAUGACUCGGACAAUGAUGACGCUGACGACAGCGACGAGGAGCUCGACGUGACGAAGCAGAUGGCGCAGCGUGCGUGGCUGGUAGGGACGAACCGCCCGCCAGAUAACCAGGCUCAAGCCGCGUUGGUGGCCGCUCGCAAAGCUCAGAUUGAGACGGUGGGCAGCUCCAGCCAUCCAGGCGCCCCAUCAACAGCGCAAGCAUCCACAUCGGCGGUCUCAUAG